UAAAUUGUGACGUCAUUUACAAAAUCAUAACAUUACAUCUGGCACACAGUGAACAAACUUCGGACUUUAUUUUGCGACAUUCUCAAGAACAGGAGUUGAAAAACGAUAGAUUUUUGCGUCAGUGUGACAUAAGAUGACAUAGUUUCCUAUUGGUUGUACCUGAGUUACUAUGAAUCAUGAUGGCCAAGGGAUCAGUCGAAGAGCCGAGUCCAUUACGCAUCAGCCCCGUCUCAGCCAGUAGCAGUAACUUGAAUGACAGGGAACUCCGAGAUCUCAACAAAUUCAUCAAGUUUAUGGCAUUUAAGUCCGUGCAGGUUAUUGUACAAUCACGUUCCGGCGAAAAAAUUGAUUCUGCAUCCAAAGCCAAAUCUGAUGGUACGGACUGGUUCAAUCUAGCUAUUUAUGACAAUCCGACCACCAAAAGUAAUGUCAAGAAACUCCUGGCCCAGGAGCUACCUAGGGUGGGCUCCCCCUUAAAUGUGGAGGUUUCCUUGGAAACCAGUGAGGGUGACAGAAUGGUGUUGGAAUGUUGGAGUCUAGUUCUAAGCGAGAACAUCGAUCCCAACGCCAAGAUCCACUACGCCGUCUACAAUCGCCUUGGUCUCCUACUCAAGUCAUUAAUAUGUAUCUCCAGGGUCACCCCAGCGUAUCGCAUUGCACGGCACCAGUUAGGAGCAGACUACCGGGUUAUGUCUCGUAUGUACUACGGCGAGAUGAAACUUUCCCUUCUCGGUGAAAACUUCCAUUCCUUGAAUGUUGGCUCUGUAGCCACUCCUAUCGGUUCAGUUGUCCUGUCUGUAGCAUACAGGACAAAGCUCACAUUAUCUGUCCAUCAACUACAGAGCAGCAGUGUCAGCCCAGUCUCGGUGCGAGAUGAUUACUACAGCAGCUCAAGUCCUAAGCAUAAAAGUCCAGCAGCAAUGAACGCCCCAGGCCACUCUCCGGGCAGACUGGACGACUCCUCAACAAUGGAUGGCUCUAGCGAUCUCUGCGCAACCUCCUUCUCUACCUCACCGCCAGAACCUUGCAUCUUACAGACGGAAUUUACAACCUUGCCCCCAGGCAGGUCAAAGGUCGCAGAAGAAAAACCAAGAGGUGGCAGUCCAGGUCUGGGAUCUGAUCUUCUCUCAGGGAAGCUUGGUGCCUUUGCAUCACCCAAGCAUCAAGCCGAUCCGAGUGAUAUCCUGACGGGUGAUAUACCGUUCUCAUCAUUGCUACUAGAAGACACACCCCUCGAUAACUCCAGUAAGGACAAAUCUAGCUCCUCAGAACAGACGUUGUCCGAUCAGCCUGAUGGUCAAGCCUCAUCGUCUUCCCAGCAUUCCAAGGAGUCCACUCAAAGUCAACACUCUGUCGCUGAAGACUUUGUCAUGGUGGAAUUUAAUCCGGCAUUUGCCAAGCCGGAGAGGAAUAGCGAUGUCGUGAGUUUCUAUCGGCAAUUCCAAAUGGCGCCCCCGUUGGUCAUGUUUGACAAUCAGCCCUCCCUAGAAGAAACACUGGAAAUCCUGCCCACACAAAUUGCCAAGUUUGAGGAGAGUCAAGUAGAGUUUGACAGCUUCGUCCAAUCGCUUCAGCAUGACAGCGAUGACAGUGAUUGACGACUGCCUGUCCUCAGUCUAGUACUAUUAUUUAUUUCAAUACUGAGACUGUAAGUACCGUGCUGUACUCCAGUGAUUUGUGUGUCUGACUCGUGUCUGUAGGAUGUGGGUUCGAAUCCAAUCAAAGUCUUCAUGUCCAUACGAUGAUUUUAAAAACAAUGUUACCUCUUUCCUGCACAAAAAGGAAUGGAAACCUGUGCCUGCCAUUCAUACAUCACGUGAUAGCAAAAGCAAAGUGACAACACAAAUUCAAUCUAAUACUUUGGUGGCGUUACCCGCUGCUAUAUCAGAUUUGAAUCAGCCAGCCGACCCAGGCAAGCUCGGUGGUCGAGUGGUAAGACGUCUGCACUAGUAAGCAGGAGGUCGUGGGUUCAAGUCCCAUCCGAGUAGUUUGUGAACUUUUCUCACAAUCACUCGGGACAACACUGAUUAUUCAGUGUUAAACAAAUACGUUGUUGAAGGGCAAAACAAGUAUUUUAUUUACAUCACCCCAACACAAAUUCCAUCUUAUGAGUAGACUUUCACGACAUCAACAAUUGAAGUUUCAUUGUGAAGUUCGCCGUUUCCCUAACAAAUUGGCUUCCCAAUGGAAUUUGUGUAAAGCAUGAACUGGUCUCAGUUUGUGCCGAGUCAGCACUUUGCAGAUUGCAGGUUCGAACCCAAUCUGAGGAUCAUGGCAAUAGUGUCCUUAUGCAGGAUAGUUUACAAUAAUAAAUUCUUACUUGCACAAAUGGAAGUGCUUGCCGUUCACUGGACACUGAUUAAUGUACUAGACCAAUGAUCUGGUGCUGAGCACUUUGCAGAUUGUGGGUUUGAAUCCAACCUGAAGAUCAUGGUGGUAGUGUCCUCAAGCAGGAUAGUUUACAAUAACUAAAUUCUUACCUGCACAAAUGGAAGUGAGUUGGUGUUCUUCUUGUUCCUGCCAUUCACUAUACACUGAUUAAUGUGUUAGACUAAUGAUCUGGUGCUGACUGAGCACUUUGCAGAUUGUGGGUUCGAAUUCAACCGGAAGAUCAUGGUGGUAGUGUCCUUUAGCAAGAAACUUUACAAUAACUGUAUUCCAUCUGCACAAUUGGAAUAGACACUUGUGCCUGCUAUCCAUUUGACACUAAUAAUCAGACUCUUUGUUUUUGUUGCCAAGUCUGGCGAUAAAGGGUUCGAACCCAACCAUAGUAUCUCGAUGGUAGUGUUCAUAGGCAGGCCACUUUACCAUAAGUUGCCUCCCUGUGAUGUACAGGGAUGCCUGCCUGGUUGGAGUUCAUAAAAUUUAUAUGAAAAUUGUGUGAUGAAUGAAAGAUUCUAAGAACAAGUUAUAAACCAUUACUGGACCAAGCCCAGUGGCUUUCGCCAACCUGGGAUUCCCGGAUUCGUAUUCAUGAGCACCCUACUGAGAUAAUGGCUUCUCAAUCAGUUAACCACUAUAAAUAUGUUUGCACAUACGGCGGCAGUGCAUGGUUUGUCCUUGAUCAUACCAUGGAGCCUUUUUUAUAGCUCCAUGAUCAUACAGUCAGGCUAUCCCCAAUGUAUGUGCGUCGUUGUCCAGAUCCACCUGCCUCCAAUCAGAAUUUGAGUGACGAACCAGUUAAGUGCUGGAGAGCUACCUACAUCUAAGAAAGCCACAUUAGACUGGGCUCGGUCCAGUAAUGCCCUGAAGGAGUUAAUCUGUUUAAGUUAUUGGUGGGUAAAUGUACAAGAUGUAGUAGGGGUGUGCAUUUACGGGUAGUAUGGGUACCCGACUGAAAAAAAA